AUGAAGUUUCGGAGCUUAAAUUUAAUCGUUUUUUUAUAUUUAUUAAUUAACCAGUGUUAUUGUAUUGGUUUAAACAAUGGUAAAUUUUGGCAUAUAACAGAUAGUCACUUUGAAUUUUCAUACGAUACAGCAUGCACAGAUAAAAAAAAUGACAUAUCACCAAUUGGAGAUUAUAAAUGUGAUACAUCACCAGAACUUUUAAUAUCAUCAUUCGAAUAUAUGAAAAAGAUGGAACCAAAUCCAGAUUUUAUACUUUGGACAGGUGAUUCACCACCUCAUUUUGAAAAUAAAAAUUUAAAUCAAACUAUAGUUUUAUCAUCUAUUAGUAAUAUGACAAAUUUAAUUACUGAAUACUUUCCAAAUACUAGGGUAUUUCCUUGUCUAGGUAAUCAUGAUUCAUACCCUCAACAUCAAAUUGGAAUAGGACCAAAUUGGUUAUUUAAUGCAACAGCUCAAAUGUGGUCACAAUUUUUAUCAGAAGAUGCUUUAGAAACUUUUCUGAUUGGUGGAUAUUAUACAGAGUUGGUUGAACCAGGAUUUAGAAUUGUUAGUUUAAAUACAAAUCUUUAUUAUACUCAAGAUAAACAAUGUAUUAAUAUGACUGAUCCAGCUGGUCAGUUAGAAUGGUUAAAUAGUACUUUGGCAAGUGCAGCUUUAGCUGGUGAAAAAGUUUGGGUUAUGGGACAUGUUCCACCAGGAUAUAAUGAAAAAUAUGAUGUUUUCAAUUUCCAUAAACAAUUUAACGAUGAAUAUUUAUUUUCAUUUGGGGAAUAUGCAGAUAUUAUACCAUUUCAUAUAUACGGACAUGAACAUACCGAUUCUAUUAGAUUAUAUUAUAGCGAUAUUGAUAGAUUAGGAGGUGUACCUGAUGGUAUAAUGUUUUUAUCACCAAGUAUAACACCAUGGAUGAAUAAAUAUCUACCAACAUUACCAAAUAAUCCAGGUUUACGUAUGUACCAAUAUAAUACAACUGAUUUUACUUUGGAAGAUUACUAUCAAUUUUGGACCAAUUUAACAGCCGAUAUCGAAAGCAACACAAUUACAUGGGAAUUGGAAUAUCAAGCAACACAAUUUUUCAAGGUUAAAGCUUUAGAUGCCAUAUCCAUGUUUGAAGCAUUCUUAUUAAUCCAAUCAGUACCAGAACAACUCCAACAAUACUACUUUUACAAUAGUGUUUCAUACCCAACAAAAGGAUGCGAUGCAGUAUGCAAGAAACUCCAACUUUGUACAAUUAGUUGUCCAUUUUCCAAAGGAUUUGCAAAGUGUUUAAUAGAAAUUUAA